UUUGGAAAUGGAGUGCUGCUCAGUAAAACGCAGCAGUGCAUCUGUUUACAAAUCUGAUGCUUUAUGGAAAAUGUUUUUGAACUGUUAGCUUUCUUGUUUUGCAUAGUUCAAAUAAACUAAUGCAACUUUUAUCUGUGCCUUUUUGUUUUACAUUGUAUCAGCCACAGUUCUGUGUUGUGGAGUCCAGAAGAUAUAAAAUCAUGUGUGGUUCAUGACAGUAGUACAUGUUGUUCGUUCUUGGGGUUUUUUUUUCCCUUUUCUUUUUUUAACUUUUUUUAAAAUGCUACGUAAUUAUUUCAAGAAAUUCCUUUUUGAUCAAUUCCCAAAUCUGCCAGCCUGUUGUAUCUCCUUAACUGGAAAAAUGAGAUGGGUGCUUGAACAGUUGCUUGGCUGAAGAGGAAAUAAAGGCAGAGCAGGAGGUGGUGGAGGGGAUGGACAUCUCCACUCGAUCCAAAGAUCCUGGCUCUGCUGAACGCGCAGCACAAAAACGGAAAUUUCCCAGCCCUCCACAUUCCUCCAACGGCCACUCACCCCAAGAUGCAUCAACAAGUCCUAUAAAAAAGAAAAAGAAGCCUGGUCUAUUGAACAGUAAUAAUAAAGAGCAGUCAGAACUAAGACAUGGUCCGUUUUACUAUAUGAAGCAGCCACUCACCACAGACCCUGUUGAUGUUGUACCACAGGAUGGACGGAAUGAUUUCUAUUGCUGGGUUUGUCAUCGGGAAGGCCAAGUCCUCUGCUGUGAACUCUGUCCUCGGGUUUAUCAUGCUAAGUGUCUGAAACUGACAGCCGAACCAGAGGGGGAUUGGUUUUGCCCAGAAUGUGAGAAAAUCACAGUUGCAGAAUGCAUAGAAACACAGAGUAAAGCAAUGACAAUGCUCACCAUUGAACAGCUAUCAUAUCUACUGAAGUUUGCACUACAGAAAAUGAAACAGCCAGGGACAGAGCCAUUUCAAAAGCCAGUUUCACUGGAUCAACACCCAGAUUAUGCAGAAUAUAUCUUUCAUCCAAUGGACCUUUGUACAUUAGAGAAGAAUGUUAAAAAGAAAAUGUACGGUUGCACUGAAGCAUUUUUGGCUGAUGCCAAAUGGAUUUUGCACAACUGCAUUAUUUACAAUGGGGGAAAUCACAAAUUGACACAAACAGCAAAAGUCAUCAUCAAAAUCUGUGAGCAUGAGAUGAAUGAAAUUGAAGUAUGUCCGGAAUGUUAUUUAGCUGCUUGCCAAAAACGCGAGAAUUGGUUUUGUGAGCCUUGUAGCAAUCCCCACCCUUUGGUCUGGGCUAAACUCAAAGGCUUUCCAUUCUGGCCUGCUAAAGCACUGAGGGAUAAAGAUGGGCAAGUCGAUGCCCGUUUCUUUGGCCAACAUGACAGGGCCUGGGUUCCAAUAAAUAAUUGCUACCUCAUGUCUAAAGAAAUUCCUUUUUCUGUGAAAAAGACUAAAAGCAUCUUCAAUAGUGCAAUGCAAGAAAUGGAGGUUUAUGUUGAUAACAUUCGUAGAAAAUUUGGAGUAUUUAAUUAUGCACCUUUCCGGACGCCAUAUACUCCCAACAAUCAAUACCAAAUGUUGUUAGACCCUGCAAACCCAGCUGCUGGAACUGCAAAGACAGACAAACAUGAGAAAAUCAAACUAAAUUUUGAUAUGACAGCAUCACCCAAGAUUCUGAUGAGCAAGUCCAUGCUGGGCAGUAGCACAGGUCGCAGGAUUUCACUGACAGAUAUGCCACGGUCACCAAUGAGUACAAACUCAUCAGUUCACACUGGCUCUGAUGUUGAACAGGAUGCAGAGAAAAAAGCAACUUCCAGUCAUUUUAGUGCCAGUGAAGAAUCCAUGGACUUCAUUGAGAAAAAUACAGCUUCUCCAGCACCAACAAGAACAGGUCAAUCAGGGAGCUUGUCAGGCAGCCCCAAACCUUUCUCUCCUCAAGCAUCAACGCCAAUUUCUGCUAAGCAAGAAAGAACUUCCACGCCAGGAAGCAUUCUGAAUCUUAACCUUGAUCGCAGCAAGGCCGAGAUGGAUCUGAAGGAGCUGAGUGAGUCGGUGCAGCAGCAGAGCACCCCCGUGCAGCUCAUCUCCCCCAAGCGCCAGAUCCGCAGCAGGUUCCAGCUCAACCUUGACAAGACCAUCGAGAGCUGCAAGGCACAACUGGGAAUAAAUGAAAUAUCUGAAGCUGUUUAUACUGCAGUAGAACACAGUGACUCUGAAGAUUCUGAAAAAUCUGAUACCAGUGACAGUGAAUAUAGCGAUGAGGAUCAGAAAUCAAAGAAUGAUCAAGAGGAUGGGGAGGACAAGGAAGGUGCAAGAAGUGACAAAGAAUCACUGAGCUUGAAAAAAAAACCUAAGCCUCCAGCACAGAAUGAAGACAAGGAGGAACUUAAAAGCACAAGUCCAGAAGUGGAGAAAACAGAAGAACCAGUCAAGGACAAGGCUGUUUCUGACACUGAAAAAGAAUUUUCUGAAAAGGGAAAGAGUUUACAGCAUCCUGCAAAAGAAAAGCUGAAAGGUAAAGAUGAAACAGACUCUCCAACUGUGCAUCUAGGACUGGACUCUGAUUCUGAGAGUGAACUUGUCAUCGAUCUAGGAGAUGAUCAUUGUGCUCGUGAAGGAAGGAAAAACAAGAAAGAAUCUAAAGAAUCUUCUCCUAAACAAGAUGUUGUAGGUAAAACUCCACCUUCCUCCAGUGCAAGCACCCAGCCUCUACCAGAAACUCCAGUGCUCACCCGCUCGGCAUCGCAGACCCCCCCAGCUGGUGUGACAGCAACCACCAGUGCUGCUUCUACUGUCAGUGCUCCCUCUGCUGCCACAGGGAGCCCUGUGAAAAAGCAGAGGCCUCUGCUGCCCAAGGAAACUGCCCCUGCUGUGCAGAGGGUGGUGUGGAAUUCUUCCAAUAAAUUCCAGACAUCAUCUCAGAAGUGGCACAUGCAGAAGGUACAGAGGCAGCAGCAGCAGAGCCAGCAGUCUCAGUCACAGCAGCCUCAGUCCUCUCAGGGGACAAGAUACCAGACAAGACAAGCAGUUAAAGCUGUGCAGCAAAAAGAGAUCACCCAGAGCACUUCCACAUCCACUAUAACCUUGGUCACAAGCACUCAGCCUAUUUCUAUGGUUACCAGCUCUGGAUCUGCAAGCACACUUUCUUCUUCACUCAACACAGACUUGCCCAUUGCAACAGCUUCAGCUGAUGUGGCUGCAGAUAUUGCUAAAUACACCAGCAAAAUGAUGGAUGCCAUCAAAGGAACAAUGACUGAAAUAUAUAAUGAUCUUUCAAAAAAUACUACUGGAAGUACAAUAGCUGAGAUUCGGCGUUUGAGGAUUGAGAUAGAAAAACUUCAAUGGUUACAUCAACAGGAACUUUCAGAAAUGAAACAUAAUCUAGAACUGACAAUGGCUGAAAUGCGUCAGAGCCUGGAACAGGAACGAGAUCGUUUGAUUGCUGAGGUGAAGAAGCAGCUGGAACUGGAAAAGCAACAAGCAGUGGAUGAGACCAAGAAGAAGCAAUGGUGUGCCAACUGCAAGAAAGAGGCCAUCUUUUAUUGCUGUUGGAAUACCAGCUACUGUGACUACCCCUGCCAACAAGCUCACUGGCCUGAGCAUAUGAAAUCUUGCACACAGUCAGCUACUGCGACACAGCAAGAAACAGAUACUGAAAUUAGCACAGAAACACUAAAUAAAUCCUCCCAGCCCAGUUCAAGUGUGCAGUCUACACCCACAGAAACAGCCAGCACUCCUAAGGAAAAGGAAGGUUCAGCUGAUAAAAGCAAAGAGAGUGUUACAGACCCAUCAGUGUAGCUUCUGGUCUGGAUCUUUCGAUACACGUUGCCUUCUGAUAAGCAAUACUGACUGCAGCACUUCCAAGCCCUUCUUGCCUGGGGGUUCAGAGGCCAAGCUCAAGACCUGCAUUCAAACCAACUUACUUUCUCACCACAGACUGCCAUUAGGGUACCACAAUGUUCCAUAACACUGAUACAACACUUCACCUGGAUCUACGGUUAACGCAGCAGUUUUGAAAUCCUCCAUAGCAUCUACUCUGAUAGUUUUCAGUAGGCAAGGAUGAGCAAAUGCUCUAAAAAAAGGGACUUAACAUUGCAUAUAUAGAAAAUGUUUAUAGAGAAGAUUCUGCUUUAUAGGUAGGGCUUGACUAUUAGCAAUUUUGGCAUCAGUUUUUUUCUGCCCUUGCAAGAUUUAUUAAAUGAAAAAUUUUAGUGGGGGGAGGGUGGGGCUGAUCCUUCAAACCCUUACACAUGAUCCUCCACAUCAGUAGGAGCCUUGUUGUAUUUUAAAAUAUUAAAAGCAAACUAAUUUUGUAGUAUUGUGAUUCCAGCAUGAUGUCUCAUCGAGAUAGUCCUGUAGAAUUGGGAAGCAUAGUAAUUUAGAGAGCUGUGUUCAUUUCUUGACACUUUUGCUACUGUCUGGUGUUAGAUCUCUGGGCUUGAAAUGUCAUCUAAGGGAGUAACUUGGGGAACAGAUUUGAAGGGGGGAAAAGGAGGUGCUGUUUCACUUACAUGUUUUGAUGAAGUUGGUUAAACUCUGGCUCACUCACCUAAUGUUUGUAUGCAUUGUUAUGGCAGCACAAGCUUUGUAUUACUGGGGGAAGUAGGGAAUGUGAGACCUAAAACCUGCCAGGGAAUAUUCCAGUUACACAGAUAUGGAAUUGCUUUUAUAUAGAUGUUCUACCUGAAACAUCAUGCUGUAUACAUUGAUCAUGUUCAUAAUUUGAAUUUUCUUUUAUUAACAAAGAAGUAACCCGUGAAUUCAUUAAGAUGCAAAUUUUUAACACAGAGAAAACAUCCAACAAAAAUUGCAUAUCAUAACAAUAAUAAUGUAACAACUAGGUGGAAUUUAUGUACAAGCUGAGGCUUCUACUGAGGUUGCCUGUGCUGUCUCUGCAGAUAGCAACAGGUGUGACAAGCACCCAGCCUAUAAAACUGGUCCAGGUACCGCAGACCACCACCUUUAUUCCAACUACUCAACCCACAAUUGUAAGUACAUUCAUAACUUAAAGUCUGCAGCAAUGCUGUUCCUGGCAUUAAAAUUGCUCAGUAUCUCUGGGGGGUUGUCUCCGUCUGCUGUUGUAUCAAGAGAUGAAUUCACUGGUAUAGUCUCAAAUUGCAGUGCAAAAUGCUUUAUUUUGCUGUGCAACAUUCCACCCUUUCAUUCCAUUCAUGAUUGCAAGGAUUCAGAAAUCGUUAAGUCUGGCAAAGGCACUGAGGACAGGCAGAGGCCAGUUCACAUUAUUGGUCUGUUUCAUGUAUAUACUCGACCACAACAUCAAUGUAAAUAUAUAGAAUUCAUUUUAAAUAUCUUUUAAAUAUUGUUUUGUCUAUGGUAUCCUAAAGAGAUUUAGAGAUUUAAUUAUUUCUGAGCUAUGCUUGAUAUUCCUGUGACAUCUCAGUACCUGUGAAAAAGAUUAUGCAUUUGUCAGCAGUGUCUCUCCCAUGCAGUCUUGCACAUUAGCAUAAAGAAAUGAGAAAUUGCAUUGGAAUCAGCCUGGGUUUUUUCCAUCAAAGGCUUAACCAAGGACAUCUGAAUUCCCUAGUGUCAGUCACAGUAGAUGGGACAAAAGUGAGUUGGAUUUUUGUAUUUUAUGCACCAUAUUAGCCUGUUGUUUCAGCUGUUUGUGCUCUGCAGUGCUCAUGUCAGAGCCAGCUACUGAGCUGGUGCUGCCCUGAUCACAGCACGUGCUCUGCCUCUGUGCUGGGUUCAGCAGGGAAGCCCACGUGUGGGUUACUUCAUUUCUGACUCAAAAGACGCUGUUAUAAACGAUGUGAUUUAACAGUGUACCUUACCCACACUGUGACUGUGAGGCCUGAUGUGCUAGUGAUGUUCCUCUGUCUCUCUCUUUCCCUGUGCACACCCCCAGCUGCAGGACACACCUGUGUGUGUUGGUGGAUACACGCUCAUGCACGAACAGUGCUUCACAGCCAUCAGAUUCCACACAAACACAGCUCUUGUGGGGAUGGAGACUUCCCACAUUCCUCAGCAUUUCAAUUCCACUUGGUCUCACCUGAGACCACUGUGCACCUUUGCAGCAUUGGCCCUGAGUUGCUUGGACUGAACUACCAUUAACAAGGUUUUGUAUGUGUUUUAAAAUCCAAUAGCAGACUUCUAAGACAUCAGGCUUCUUUUGUGAAUAGCUGCGAGGUUGUAAGAUCCUACGGUGGUUUUGUGUAAUAUUCAGAAAAAUGGCAGUUAUCCUCAUCUGUUUUCUGUAACACAGAGUGUGUUGAGUUAUGUAAAGCAGAAUUGGAAGGUGUGAAAGGUUUCCAACUUUAUUUGUGCAUGUUUAUAACUUUGUACACAUUUGCAUUAGUCUUGCACAGCUACAGACACCUCUGUAUUCUAAUGACUGCACGUGCAAUUUAAAUAAUUUUAAACCUUAGUGCAUGUUUAAUAUGUAUGCAAAAUGUACAUAUGUGUAAAACUGGCAGAGGUGGAAAACUUACCUCUCAGGGAAUGAUCUUAACCCAUUUAAGGAGUCUCACACAUUCCAUAUUCCGAUCGCGCUGAGAACUGAAAUCAAUUAAUUAAUUAAUUCCAUGUGUGUAAGUGUGUAUAUUUAAAAGGCAACUGUGGCAACCUUAAUUUCCCCAGCUCUAGUACUGACAGUGACUUACAUAAUGGCUUCUUUAGAAUUCAGUUUGCACUUUGUGUCCAACUAGGAACAACUUCCAUUGUAUCUUCUGGGUACCAUUUCCACUGAACCUUGUAAAGAUGUCUGAAAUCAUUACAAAAUGGCAGUAAUUUUGAAUUUAUUUAGCAAAUUAGUCCCAUGUUUGUUUUUUAUUCUUCCUGCAGUUAAAAUAAUGUAAAAAUAUGAACCCAUCUUCUUUGCAUUCCAGGGAAUGGAAUGAGUAGGCUUCUGGAAGGCACAGACUCAGUCACAAAGGAGCUGUAAUCCAUCUCAGCAGGGAUACUCAGAGUCUUUGUGGAAUAUCAUUAAGACACUCAUGUGGUUUCUUGAAUCAGUGUGGGGAAACAUUGGGCUUCACUGAACUUGUAUUUGUUCUUCCAUGUCCUCUCUGGAAUGUCACUACCAUUGGGGGAAGAUCUGUACAUCCCUUUCAGGUUCCUCAAAAUCUCACUCCCUGUUUCUUCCACAAGAUGUUGUGAACUGAAAUGGAUGCGUUUGUCUGAUCACCAGUUGUGCAUCACUGGAAUUGUGUUGGAACACACUUUACAGUUUGUAUGGUAGAGACAUUUCUAGACUUUCUCACGUUCUUGGAGGAAGGUUAAGAUACAGACUUUAGGUUCAAUAAAUCCUCUUACAGAUCUCCAGAGUGAUGUGACCUUGACCAGAUUGUUUAACAUUCUUGUGCCUUUGUCUCUGCAUCUGUAGAAUGAAUUACCACCUAUAGAGAUGUCCUGAAACUCCAUUUGUUGAGAUGUAUAAAUCAUGAUCAGUAUGAUGGAAGUGUAAAGUUUAUUCUAUAUUAAUAUUUUUACAGGGUGUGUAAGACAGUUCCCAGUAAUGCUGAUGUUUUUGCUAUUGAUUUGUGCAGAAGUUAACUUAAGUACUUUUUUUUUUGUUCAAAUGGAUGUUCUUUGUUCUCUUCUGUGUAGACUGAAUGCAUGGGGGGAAGCUCCUUUUGGGGAAAAAGAUUUAAGUAACGUGUAACGAGAAUAUACUUAUAAACAAGGGUAUUUUUGUACUCCAGUUUGAUUUGUCAGAACUUUUUCAAGUGACAAAGGAUUUUCUUAGCCCUUUUUCCUCUUCCCACAUAUUAGUUUGCAGAAAUACAUAACUGGAUGUAACUCUGAAACCCUCACCCUCCAAGCACAGGCAGUGUGUGCAGCCCCUAUAGCACCUCCUGUCCCUGUAAUUCUAGAGCAGUGAUGAGAUCACAGAAACUCUUGGCUAUAGGCAAGUAAUGCACUACUCCUCCCCUGGAAUGAGGUAAUACUGUGGUAAUAAAGGUAUUAUUAGUUCUUGCACAAAUUUGGAACUUGUUCUGGAUUUCCCCUGGAAAACAAACCUCUAUUUCUGUGGUCAUGUUUAUGUGACCUUUAACAUAACAAUCUGUUUCUCUUGGUUUUAAUCCACAGACCAUUCCUGUAGUGGUAAGUCCUUCUGCUGGGACAGUGGCAAUGAGAACUGGAGUUCAGUAUGUUCAGACCACAAUGCCAGUCCAAGUACGAAGAGUCUAACUGCUAACAAGAAGUUCAUACAAUUGUUGGAAUAAAAAAAGCUAAUAGAAAUGUGACAAAUAAACACAGUUCUUUGGAUUAACCUCAGAGGUUCAGACUUUAGCUUUGUGUAUGUGUACAAAGCAUUAAUUACACUACAUUAAUGUAAAGCAUUAGUGCUGGCUUAGAAAAGCUAAGGACAGGUAAGAUCCAUAUUAAAUCUAUGCUUCUUUUGUAAAUAAUGUACAAUUUGUGGAUGUCAUUAGAGUAUCAUCUCCUUUUUAUAUUUGUAUUGACUUUAACUUAUAAAGUGUGUUGGAAGUUGGAAAAGGAAGGUUCAAAAGAGCCUUACCACAACCUAAUGCUGAGAACUGGUCUUCGGAAACUGCAUCAAAUAAGCUGAUACAGAAAAUCUGAACAACUUUUUGCAUUUGGAGUGAAAAAAACUUCUGCACUUUGAAACUCUUGUGGAAUUUUUCUGAACAACCAAGAGAUGAAGGAUAUCUCUUUUCAGCUAACUCUAUUAGGCAAAUUAUGGACCUGAAAUCCAUAAAAAUGUAAACUGUUUUUCACAAUGACCAGGCUGACAACAACUAUUAAUGUUGUUUAAGGUUAAAAUUAUUUUAAAAUUUUAUUCAGUCUAAGAUCAGAAAAUUUGCAAGGUGUAAUAGCAGCUGGUUGUAGCAGGAUUUCUGAUUACUGGUAUCAAAGAUCAAGGAAAGUAAAGUUUGUUGCCAUGCUUCACAGUUUUCUUAUUUUUUAAAAAUCCUCCCAAAGGACUUUGAAGAAGAAUUAGGUGUGGAGAAAAACAUGCAUUGGGAAACAUGGGCAAAGGACUUUUGAUGCUGGGCCAGAGCAUGUAUUAUUUAUAUGAUGGAAUUUCUGUUUUCUGUAAGCAUGAAGCAGUGCAGUAUGAGAGGAAGAACCCCCUGGAGAUGCUGUCUGUUACACUGAGGCUGUAGUCCCAUUUUGUAUGUUGUGUAAAACGAAAGCAUUGAACAAAGCAAAGGUGAUGUAUGUAUAUGAGAAAAUUAACUGUAUGAUAUCAUUCCAGUACAUCCUGUUGUACAUUUUAGUCAUGUUGAUUUCUCCCAUUGUUUAUAUAAGAAUGCGGUUUGUACAGUCUCCAGCUAGUACCCAGAUUAGAGGGAAAAAAGUAUUAGAAUAAAAAGAAAAAAAGUGAGAACAGAAUAUUCAUUAAUUGCAGUUGUGUCAAAACUAGCCUAGCUGGCCUUAUUUGUGAAGCAUAAUUGCUUUUAGCAUAUGGAAGUAUUUUUUCACAUUUUCUUUGUAAAAAAUUUGUAUUAAACUUAAAUAUCUUUUUUGACAA